AAUCUGAAAGGAGACACCAUCCCCACACUGCUCACUGGGACUUCCCACAGCUGCCUUCCCACUUGGGGGUCCCCAUGGCUGCUCUCUCACCCAGGGGUCCCCACUGCCUCCCUCCUGCCUGAGGGUCCCCACUGCUGUCCUCUUAUGAGUUCCCCACAGCCACCUUCCCACCUGGGGGUCCCAAUGGCCAUCCUCCCACCACGAGGUCCCCACUGCCAUCCUAUUGGGGAUCUCCACAGCUGACCUGCCAUGGGGUCCCCAUGACCACUGUCCCACCCUGGGGGCCCCUGGUGGGUCUCUCAUGCCCCCUGCCUUGCAGUGCAGGAUGGAGUGCAGGGACGUGCCGGCAGAGACGCUCUACGACGUGCUCCAUGACAUCGAGUACCGCAAGAAGUGGGACACCAAUGUCAUCGAGACCUUUGACAUCGGGAGGCUGACGGCCAACUCCGAUGUGGGCUACUACGCCUGGAGGUGUCCCAAGCCCCUGAAGAACCGGGACGUGGUCACACUCCGCUCCUGGCUGCCCAUGGGCUCUGACUACAUCAUCAUGAACUACUCUGUCAAGCAUCCUAAAUACCCACCCCGCAAGGACAUGGUACGGGCAGUUUCCAUCCAGACAGGCUACUUGAUCGAGGGGACGGGCACCAAGAGCUGCACCAUCACCUACCUGGCACAGGUAGACCCCAAAGGUUCUUUACCAAAGUGGGUGGUGAACAAAUCUUCCCAAUUCCUGGCUCCCAAGGCGAUGAAGAAAAUGUACAAGGCAUGCCUCAAGUACCCUGAGUGGAAGCAGAAGCAUGACCCUCACUUCAAGCCCUGGCUAUACCCGGAGCAGAGCCGACUCCCAGCCUUGGCACUCUCUGAGCUCUCCCUCCAGCAUGCAGAUUCCCUGGAAAACAUUGAUGAGAGCUCCCUGGCCGAGAGCAAGGAGGACCGUGGCGAGGGCAGUGACGAGGACAGCCUGACCUGAUUCCCCUGGGAGCUCCUCUGCUUGUUGCCCUGGCUAGGACAGCCUGACAUGUGCCCCACUGGGGGCUCCUCUCCCUGUCCCCCCACCCACUUCCAACAUGGUUUGUGUCUCUAUCUCACACACCUGUACACAUGCACCCCCACUUUGGGUUCAGGGGGACCCCCCCCCAUUGUUGUACCCCUGUGUGGGGACAGCAGGGACAUAGUGGGUCCCCCAGGGUGGGAAGCUGGAGGUUGUCUGGUCACUCAGCCCUCGUGGGACAUCAGUGUUGUCCCUAUUGGUGGCAAACCCAAAGUGUCCUUCAGCUUCUCGGGGAGCAGAGGAAAAGGGCAGCCCUGUGCCUGCUCCUCAGCCCUGGAGACCCUUCCACUGCGCUCCUCCUCUGCCCCCAUCCUUGCUCCUCAUCUCUGUUGUGGUCCAACAGAACUGCCUUCAUCCCAUGGGAUCCCCACCCUCAGCAGACCUCCAGGGGGUGCUUGGGCACUUGCCUGCACCUGUGGUUAUGCAGAGGGAUUUUGGGGGGCUCCUGGCACCUCCUGGCAUGCUGGGAAGGAGGGCCUUUGGGGUUUUUUGGCAUCUCCAAGCAUGUAGAGGGGAAGCUUCUAGGCUCCUGGCACCUCCAGCAUGUUGGAGGGGAUACUCUGGUCUUACCUUCAGGCAUGUGGGAGGAGUUGGGGGGCUCAUGGCACCUCCAAAUGUGCUGUGGUGGGUGUUUUGGGGGCUCCUUGGAUCUCCAUACACAUUGGGGGGGGUGGUCUUACAGGCUCUCGGCAUCUUCAGGUUUGUUUGGGGGAAGUUUUGGGGUGAGUUUGUACCUCCAGGUGUGCUGAGUGUCUCUGGGGGCUCCCAGCAUCUUCAGGUACAUUGGGAGGACUUGGGGGAGCUCCUGACACCCCCAGAUGUUCCAUGGGUCUCUGAAGGCUCCUGUCUCCUCCCUCGCCUUUCCAGGAUGGGGACCCUUUCCAAGCUGGGUGUCUGAACCCUUCCUCCACUGGAAUUUGAGGCCUUGACUGGGGGUUUGGAAGCUGGUCUUUGGCCAUGCUCCUGCCCCCUCCUUUUCUGGGGGUGCACAGGGAGAUGGGAGAUUUUGUACCUUGUACCGGAGCUGAUUAUUUAGGAAUAAAAUAACUAAAUCACCAGAGGGA